GGAUCAUUCUCAAUAAAGCCUUCAACCUGAACAGACGUCUUCAAAAGUUCAGAAGUGGGAUAGAAGUCAUGUUCCUGCGAAGCUAUAAGCCAUCCCAAGAAGAACAGUCAGAGGAUAUCGGAGAAGAAUUUCCUCCUCUGACUAAUCAAGAUUGCGGAGAUCAAGCUGAAGUUGGUUCUGGCCGGUCAAGAAGUUGUGAAGAAGUUUUUGUUGGACAAGCUACUGGUUCGUCUCGAAGUCGGACCGAGCAAGUUUUGUCAAGAAGCAAAGAAACGGUUACGUCUGGCCAAGGUGCAAGCGCGCAAGGUCAAGGCAUGUCUGGAAGUCAAGUUACGCUUUCUUCUGGUCAAGCUGGUCAAGGUGCAGCUAGAAGCCCUGGAAUUUCUGUCUCUGGCGCUGGAAUUCCUGUCCCUGGCGCUAAUUUUCCUGUUCCAGACGCGAGAAACUGUACAGUGAAGCUGGAUGAAAUUUCAAGCAUUCUCCCGUGUUUCUCCGGGAACCCUGGGGAAAAUGUGGACCACUUCAUCAACAGCAUCAAGUACGCUAAACGGAUAUUUGCAGUUAACGAAGAGGUCAUGAAGUUGGUGAUUUUGAAGCAGCUUAAAGACAGUGCGCAAAAGUGGUCCAUGACGCAAGAGUUGCUGUUAAAGCCAUUUGAAGAAGUUUUGAAAAUUUUGAAGAUCACUUUUACAUCGGUCGAAAGCAAGUUCGUGGUGAGGAAGAAAAUGGAAAAUCGAAGAUGGAUGCCCAAUGAAAAAUUUCUGGACUACGCCAAUGACAAAUGCCUGCUUGCUGCAUCGCUCAACCUUGAAGAAAUCGAGCUCGUUGAGUAUAUUAUUGAAGGAAUUCAAGAUGAAACACUUCAAAAUCAAGCAAGGAUCAACCGUUUUCAAACUGUUGCUGGAUUGGUGAGAGCGUUUGGUUUGGUGCAGUUGAAGCCGGUGUUCAAGCCCAAGAUUUGCUACAACUGUAAUCAACCAGGACACGUUGCAGUCAAUUGUGGAUUUUUCGCUGAGGACAACCUGGAGGAGCGUUUGGAGGAUCGUCAGCGGUAACAACGUCUGGAGGACCGUCAACCCGAGGACCAGCCUGGAUUGCAGCAGUGGAGGAUGAGAAUGAUAGGGCUGACUUGGUAGGACAGACGGAAGGAUCUGAUGGACUGGUAGAUAUAAAAUUCAAAAAUUCAUUAAAAACUUUAAAAGCUUUGUUUGAUACAGGAAGUCCGGUUAGUUUAGUACGACAUUCAAAAGUUUUAGAUUUUGAAAUUUUGAGCUUUGAACAAAACAAAAUUUUUAAAGGAUUAGGAGGAAACAAACUAAAUAUUUUAGGCAAAAUUAUUUCAGAUGUAU